GCCGGUGCAGGUCCUUGCAUGCUGAGUGUGCUGGUCCCCUGGGCUCACUGUUCUUUCUCUAUACUUUGUCUCUGCGUCUUAUUUCUUUUCUCAGUCUCUCAUCUCCACCUGAAGAGAAAUACCCACAGGUGUGGAUGGGGCAGGCCCCCUUCAAAUUUCCUUCAGUCAGCAAGCAGAGAAGCCUUUCUUCCCACUCAGACCCCAAUCAAGGCUUCUGAAGGUAGGGGUUUUGUCUUUCUCUACUUAAAAGAUGUCUUGAGGUAGGCAUUUGAAGCCUGAAAAAUCAUUCCCAGGGAGUCAGGCUACUCUAUCUACUCUUCUAGGUAUUUCUUGGCCAAAUGGUUCUAAUCCCAGAGCCCACCCCCUAAACCUUUUUUUUGUGAGAUGGAGUCUCGCUCUGUUGCCCAGGCUGCAGUGCUCUAGUGCGAUCUCUGCUCACUGCAAGCUCCGCCUCCUGGGUUCACGCCAUUCUCCUGCCUCAGCCUCCCGAGUAGCUGGGACUACAGGCGCCUGCCACCACGCCCAGCUAAUUUUUUGUACUUUUAGUAGAGACGGGAUUUCACUGUGUUAGCCAGGAUGGUCUUGAUCUCCUGACCUCGUGAUCCGCCCACCUCGGCCUCCCAAAGUGCUGGGAUUACAGGCGUGAGCCACCACACCCAGCCUAACCUUUUCUAAUACAAUUACUGUCUUCAAGCCAGCACACAGAGACAUUUGAGCUGGACUCCUGUGUCCUUGGGAGCUGACUUUUCUUUUUUUCUUUUCUUUCUUUUUUUUUUCUUUUUUUUUUUGGAGAUAGGGUCUCACUCUGUAGUCCAGGCUGGAGUGCAGUGACGUGAACACAGCUCACUGCAACCUCGACCUCCCCAGGCUCAGGUGAUCCUCUCACCUCAGCCUCCUGAGGAGCUGGGACUACAGGUGCACGCCACCAUGCCUGGCUAAUUAAAAUGUUUAACUCCUGGGCUCAAGCAUUCCUCCCACCUGGGCAUCCCAAAGUGCUGGGAUUACAGGUGUGAGCCACCACACCCAGCCCAGAAGGCAACCUUCAAUAUUGAGCUUUGCUCUUCUCAAAAACCUGGUGUUACAGCACUGGCCUCCAGCGCAUCCAGCCGCGGGCCCCUUUUGCUCAAUAACGGUUUCUAUGGAGACAUCUGUGAUGCCACCACUGCUCCCAGGAGCCCACAGGACCUGGAGCUCUGGAAGCUGAUCUCCUCCCACUGCACCAGCCAGUAGGUUCAUGUUCGAGGCCAUCUUCCCCUCCACACCCCAAGCCAGGCUGAAGAGAGAUCCACGGGAAAAGCCGGGCCUGUCCUCAUUCAGGUCCACAUUCAGGCGACAAAGCUCACUUGGUCUUUGCAUCCCACGCCUCAUGUUACCUAAGGAGGCCAGCCCGUCUGAGAGGCACAGUUCGACGUCCAGCUCGAUGGCCAGGGCCCUGGUGCUCCUCCAGAGCAUGGCCAGCCGGGACGCCCGGUGCCCAGAAUGGAAACCACACCAAAAGCCACGCACGCUCAGCAAGUCGGCCCAGACCAUCAGCCGCUACUACAGGAAGACGAGUGAACCCAAGGAUGCCGCCAGCCUCACCGGCUUCAUGUCCAAAAUGGAACUUCAAAGGGUCUUCCCCGCGCGUCCUGACUGCCCCCAGUUCAGCACCAGGGCCACAUCCAUGUCCCACUGUGGUUCACCCACUGAGGCCGAUUUGUCCGGAGAGAUUGACAACAGCUCGGAGACCUGGAGAGGCACCCAGGACCUGUUCUCGGCCAGGCGGGGCUCAGACACGAACGUGGAUGGGUACCUCCUUCCCUUCAGUAAGAGCAUCUGCGAGUUCGAUUACUUGCGGAAGAGGAGAAAAUCCCAGACUUUGAGUCCGGUCACCAGCAGCUCAGUCGCAUCUCAGAGCUGCCUGAGAAAGAGGAUGCCCUGGUACCUCUCAGUCAUCCACGAGAAGGAUCACUGCCUGUCUGAGCUGGAGAUACAGGUUGAGAAGAAAGACGAGGAGAUCCUGCUGCUCCAGGAGGAGAGGGAGGCCCUGAAGACGCAGCUGAAAUGCCUUCUGAAAGGCAAAGGCCAAGAGACAUCCAUAUCCCCAGGCAGGAGGGAGCAGCUCUCAGACGCUUCGCUGAAGCCGGGCAGGCUGAGCCUCCUGAAGGCCUUCUCCGGAGAUGCGGAGGAGCUGCAGCACUGGUGGCAGAUGCAGGAGGAGUCCGCGGCACCGGAGAGGGGCAACGAGCCAGACCUGGGAGGUGGCGAGGAGGACGAGGGCCUGGGAGGGGAGCCCGAUGGGGUGGAGGACGUGGGUGCCAGGGGAGGUGUGAGCCAGAUGGGAUCCGUGCGUGAGGAGGGAAGCGAGGCGGAGGAAGAGGAGGAAGGGGACAGGGAUGAGGACUCAGAGGAAAGGGAGCUGCCGGAGGAAGAGGAGAUCCCCAGGAGAAGGGCCUCCUCCCUGGCCGAGUCGUUUGAGGAGGAGCUGCUGGCCCAGCUGGAGGAGUACGAGCAGGUCAUCCUGGACUUCCAGUUCAACCUGGAGGCCACCAGGACCAGAUACUCCCUUGCAACAGGAGUGAUUGCAUCUUUACAACAACAAGUGGAUUUCCAAGAAACCCAGCUGCGAAAGAUCAAUACGGAAAAUGAGACGCUGCAGAAGGAGCUCCGAGAGCGGAGGCGGCAGCUACAAGCCAUGACCGACAAGUUCUCCAACCUCCGAGAAGAUAAGAAACACCAAGAGAUGAUGGGGCUCAUUGAAAAGGACAACCAGCUCCUCCGACAGCAAGUGUCGGAACUGGAGAGAAAGCUCACCAAGCGGGACCGCGUCAUCUCAGAGUUGGACACCAAGGUCAGCCAGCUGCAGGAGCAGGUGGAACUGGACCAGAACCACCUGCAGAGGUGGAAGCAGCUGCAGGAGGAUUUGCAGAGCAAGAAGGAGAUGAUUCAGCAGGCAGAGCAGCACACCCGCGUGGCCCUGGAGAGCUCCCAGUCCAGGCUCGAGAGGUUAAGGAAUAAGAUCAUCCAGGCCACCUUUAGCAUCUCCGGGACCAAGUCCUUGGCCAACGAGAUCUCUGACAAUGACAUCCUGGAAGCCCUGCAGAGAAUUAUCUCAGAGAGAAGCGACUACUAUAAUCAGCUGAAGCAGAAAGGCAUCAAAGUGCCCCCGCUGCAACAGUCAGAGGCCUUCCUGACCAGCAAAUCCAAGAAGGGGACCUCCAAGUAGGCCCAGCCAGGCCCCCAAAUACGGUCAGCCCAGCAGAGGCCGGGGCCCAGCUCCAGAACCACCCGCCCCCACCAUGCGUCCUGUUCUCAGACUCACAAUUAAACCCCGGUGUUGGCACUGUC